AUGGAUACAACUUUUCAUAGUGCAUUAUCAAUCAUUGAUAAUGGAUCAAUGAAUGAUAAUGACAAAACUAGAAUUAAAGAUUAUUUAAAUAGAAAUAGUGAUAAAGCCCCAUCAAUUAUAGAUGCAAAUAACCGUUUUAAAAAUGAUCCAAAUCAUUUAAAUAAUUUCUUUCAACAAAUGAUGUUACAAGAUCAAUCAAAACCUCAAUAUCAACAACAACAACAACCGUCAUCCUCGUCAACAACAACAACUACUGCUGGUGGAGGAGAGUUUGAUAAUCAAUCAGAACAAUAUAAAGACCAAUCGCAACAACCAUCAACAAAUAAUAAUGAUUUCCUGCAAAAACAACAACCGCAAUUUAAUAACCCUCAAUCCUAUGGAGAUAAUAGUCAACAACAACAAAAACAACAGCAACAACAACAACCAACAAAUAAUAAAUAUCAACAAACAUAUGGUGGUGAUGAUACUCGACAAACCCCAACAAAUAGAAAUUUUGAUGAUGAUAAUAAUGAUGCUAAUAAUUAUAAUCAACAAUAUCAAGGUGGUGGCGGUGGUGAUAGUAGUGGUAGUAGUGGUGGAAGAGGUAGAGAAGAUCGUUCUAAUCUUUCACAACAACAACAACAACAACAACAACAACAACAACAACAACAACAACAACAUCAAUCACAACAACAAAAAUAUGAUGAUGAUGGUUAUCAACAAUACCAAAGAAGACCACCAGAUGUUAGGGAUGAUAGUCAUCCAAAUGAAAAUAAUGAUGAAGUAAAUAUUUUCAAGAAUGAAAAUGAUGUUAACCCAAUGAUGACUUUUGAUCCAUUCAUAUAUUGGAUGGUUGUUAAACAUAACUUAAAUUUACAUUCUGGUUGGCUAAAGAGAAAAGGUGAUAGAACCGGCAGAAGAGUUCGUUCACCAUUCCCACCAGGUGAUUAUGAAUUAAUUGAUGCAGUACCAGAAUCAAAAAGAAUUAGAGUAGUCUUUUCUUCACCAAUUAAUAACUAUUGGGAUAGUGACCGUAGAAUAACUAUAAACCAUUCCGAUAACCCUGAUGAAAUUAGAAGAAAGAUUCAAUCAGCCUUCAAAUUUGAUCGUCGUCAUUUCUCUCUCUAUCAAUUAAUUGAAGCUGGUACACAUAAUAAAGUUCAUAAUUUAGAAUAUAAUGAAUUGGAUGAAAAUAAAACUUAUGAAUUAAUUAUACCAUGGGUAAUGUAUUUUAAACAUAUUAUUAUUAUUAUUAUUAUUAUUAUUAUUAUUAUUAUUAUUAUUAUUAUUAUUAUUAUUAUUAUUAUUAUUAUUAUUAUUAUUAUUAUUAUUUUUUUUUUUUUUUUUUUUUUAUUUUUAUCAAAAUUAUCAAGAAGAAAAGAAGAUCAAAUUGCAAAUAAAGAUGAAAAAGGAAAUGGAGUUAGUGAUAGUUCAAAUACGUCAUCAAAUAAAAUUAACAAAGGAAACGUUAUCAAUAGUAGAAAAAGUAGGGAUCAGUGUUUAAUAAAUUAA